AUGGAUUCAAUUGCAAUGACACGUGAACAGGAGCCUCUCACAGAACAAUUGGUUGAUUCAAAUCCACUGGCCAUGGUUCCAUGGCAAGCUCAUGGGCCAGCCCUGCACUCAACUGGACCUUCUAAAUGUCUCAAAGUGCCUAGGCUUCUCAAGCAGCGGCCUAAGUGCAAAUUGCUUGGUGAUUUAGUUGACUCUUCCCCAAAGUUUCUUAGGGAAGGAUCUCUGCUUUACUCCAUAACUAAUGAACACGAUUGGGAAUUUGAAAGAGAUAAUGAGAUAUGGAUGUUAGAGCAAAAGGAAGAUGACAUUUUGGCAGCUUUAAGAUUGAGCUAUGAACGCUUGCCAUCUUACUUGAAAAGAUGCUUUGCAUAUUGUUCAAUUUUUCCCAAGGAUUAUGAAAUGGAUGAUAUUGAAUUGGUUUAUUUAUGGAUGGCAAAUGGACUUGUUCAAUCUUCCAAUGAGAAUCAAGAGUUAGAAGAUAUUGGCUUACGCUAUUUUAAAGAGCUGUGUUCUAGAUGUUUCUUCCAAGAUUUUUCUGAAUAUGGUGGUAAUGUUAAAUGUAAAAUGCAUGAUCUAAUACAUGAUCUAGCAUUAUCACUCACACAAAAUGAAUGCUCAAUGGUAAGGACCAGCACUCAACAGAUUCUCAAAAGUGUUCUACAUAUAUCUUUUCCUUAUCCUGAAUCACUUCCAAAUGAUCUUCCUGAAUCCUUACAAAACCGGGAUUGUGUGCGAACCAUUUGCUCUAUAAAUGAAAGAAGUGAGGGGAUUAGUAGUGAAGUGUUCAUUAAAAAGUGUGUCUCAAGAUUUAAGUACAUUAGAGCCUUGGAUUUAACUUCUUCAGGGUUUGAAGUGCUGUCAACAAGUAUAGGUGAUUUGAAGCAUUUGAAAUAUCUUAGUUUAGUUGGUAAUUAUUUAAUUAGAAGACUCCCUAAUUCCAUAUGUAAGCUGCAAAGCUUGCAAGUUCUACUACUAGCUAGACGUUGGAGUCUUGAAGAGUUGCCCAAAGAUAUAAAGUACAUGAUUAACCUUAGAUUUCUUUGGAUAGCUACGAAUCAAAAGUAUUUACCAAUGGGUGGAAUAGGCUGCUUGAAGUCUCUUCGAUUUUUGUUCAUUGACGGGUGUGAUAAUCUAGAAUAUUUGUUUGAAGACAUGCAAGGCCUCAAAAUGCUUCAAAGAUUGAUCGUCCGUUGUUGUAGAAGCCUGAAAUCUUUGCCACAAAGUAUUGAAUUCCUAACGGCGUUAGAAACUCUUUAUAUUGAUGAAUGUGAACCUUGA